AUGGAACAUCAUUCGGAGGUCGAGACGCUUGAGCAGUUCAUCUUUAACUCCAAGAUAUGCAUCUAUGUCUCGAUGGCUGGCUUGGUUAUGAUCCUUUACGAUCAUAUGCUCACGUUUGCGGACGAGGUGGAGCUGAUAUGGAAGGCGCCGAGGUCUAUUGCUCGUACUCUAUUCUUGAUUAACCGAUACUGCGUUCCGGCCAUGGUCAUCGGCUCCAUGCAUGCAUUCUCUGCCAUCUCGCAGAGCACUUUCGUUGACAUAUAA